CACCAUAUACGCAUGCGUCAAGACCUGCAUUUCCGUUUCCGGUUGACUGUGAUACCGUGUUUUGAGCCGCUCACAAUCCGGUUUCUCUGUCCCCGAGGGUGGAAUGACUACCGAGAAGAAGCCGCAGGUGGACCUGGGUCUGCUGGAGGAGGACGACGAGUUUGAGGAGUUUCCCACCGAGGAAUGGCCCGGCUGUGACGACGAUGAGGACGCUCACGUUUGGGAAGAUAACUGGGAUGACGACAACGUAGAAGACGACUUUUCAAAUCAGUUAAGAGCUGAACUAGAAAAACACGGAUACAAAAUGGAGACAGCGUAGCCAAGAAGAAUCCGGAUCCCUUACUGUUAGUUUUUUUUUUUUUUUCUUAGUUUUUACAAUAAAUAUUUUGUUGCCGUUGUAAUUGUUCGAUUGUUUCUUUGGAAUAAAACUUGUUGGCUGCUGCUAUAAAGGGGAA